GCUCGCUCAGUUUGUUGAGAAACUUUCAGUUGACGCCAAAGACACGUGUGUUUCACUAUUGCAAAUAUAUUCAACACAGCACGUUCCGUCUAUUUGAAUCUAUUUACGCCCGACGCACUGAAUAAAUAAAACGCCGCGCGCUAAUUUGUACAGUAGCUACCCAGAAACGCAACUAGAAUUUCCCCCCGAGUUACGCUUCAGCUACAACUUGUAAAACAGGCUAGUCAUUGCCUGCUCCUCAAAUAACACAAACCAUACAUUAAGCGUGUGCGGUGCAAACCGAAGCUUGUCACAGAAAUCUAGGAAACUCAGAUUCCAGAAGGAUGAGCCUGUCAGUCGAGCGGUGGCGCGGAUAAAACUGAUGGCAAAAACAAAUUGCGAACAAAAGGAAAUAGCAUUCUAGAAACGGACCGGAUAGUCGCUCCUUCGCGACUUUAGUUGUUUGUCCGUGUUGCGCGGGUGUUUGUUUGCUUUGCGAAAAAAAUGCAGCCUACUCUCCGUCGUGCCAGCUAACCAGUCUAUUGUUAGAGGAGGGCGGUGUGGGCGAUACACUUAUCCAAAAGUAAAUGGGUGCCGGAAAGCCCAUUAUAAGGGGCGCACUUCUCUGUCAAUCAGUCUCGUCCCAAGGCGAGGAAAGGCACAUUACCUGCAGUUCCUUAUCUAAAUAGAAAUAAGAACCGGUUUUAUCGCAAAGGGGAGGCCCUAUGCGAAAGAUAAGAGAGAAGUCUGGAUUUCAGUUUAGCAGAGGGGCAGGACAGAGGCCGCUUGGAACAGCUCACAGCGCGCAAGCCUUUGAAAACAACGGAGCGCCAAUACGCACAAGUUUAGAUCGUCUACAAAGCCAACUAGGAAGGCGUUUUUACAGAUUUAAGGCAAUUCUAACGCGGCUUUUCAUCUCAACUGCUUCACCUAGGCAAUAUGCGUUAACCUAGAAGGAGACCGAGUUCUUGGAUUCACGCGGCACACUAUCACUUGGGACGUCGUGAAGUUACUUUCUCUUUGAUAAUCAUAUAGGCGAACCCCUGCGUUCACUUGCAUAUUGUUGCUGUUGAACUCGAGUCCUGCGCAAAUUGUAAACCCGGUUUUUGGAAUGAUUUCAGCAAUAUCAAGCCCGUGGCUGACGCAGCUGUCCCAUUUUUGCGAUGUUGCAGCCUUCACGACCAGCAGCCUGAGCAGUCUCAAUACGCCUGGGAGUUACCAUCUCUCUCCUUCCCCUGGGGAUCCAUACAGCCACCAUGAAAGCCAGUUUGAGCCGUGCCCUGCAGCCCAGCACGGCUACAGCUAUUCCGGAUCCAACCCAGCGCAGGCCCCGGCGCAGACGGACACCGGAGCGUCCAACUGCUCCUCGUCGUCGUCGUCAAGCUCAACGCCGAACAAAACGCUGGUGAAAAAGAACCCUAAAGUAGCCAAUAUUAAUGUACAGUUGGAAAUGAAGGCGCUCUGGGAUGAAUUUAAUCAACUUGGGACUGAAAUGAUUGUCACAAAAGCUGGGAGACGAAUGUUUCCUACAUUUCAAGUCAAAAUAUUUGGAAUGGACCCAAUGGCAGAUUACAUGCUCCUGAUGGAUUUCCUACCGGUGGAUGAUAAACGAUACAGGUAUGCCUUCCACAGUUCAUCGUGGCUGGUGGCGGGGAAAGCUGAUCCAGCGACUCCAGGAAGAGUGCACUAUCACCCCGACUCACCUGCCAAAGGAGCGCAGUGGAUGAAACAGAUCGUUUCCUUCGAUAAACUAAAACUAACCAACAAUCUACUGGACGACAAUGGACAUAUCAUACUGAACUCCAUGCACAGAUACCAGCCCAGAUUCCACGUGGUGUACGUGGAUCCUAGGAAAGACAGUGAGAAAUACGCCGAGGAAAAUUACAAGACAUUUGUUUUCGAGGAGACUAGGUUUACCGCCGUCACAGCGUAUCAAAACCACAGAAUAACGCAACUGAAAAUCGCCAGCAAUCCGUUUGCCAAGGGCUUCAGAGACUGUGAUCCGGAGGACUGGCCCAGGAAUCACAGGCCGGGCUCUCUGCAAAUCAUGAGUGCGUUUGCUCGAACCAGGAACCCCAUGUCCUCUCCCCCACAGCAGAACGGCACAGAGAAAGAAGACAGCAGGAGAGAAUACGAGCGUGACCCCAGCGGCACUUCCCUUCAUUCGGACCCCACUCACCAGCUGAUGUCCCGAGUCCUCAGCCCAGCCCUUCCAGUCCUUGGCGGCCUGCACACUAUGCCUCUCACAGCCGGCCCUCGCAGCCCACCCCACGAGCUACGCCUGGAAGGACACCCACAACCCCCAGACACCCUGCACCAUCAUCCAUACAAAUACCCAACCACCUACGAACACUAUCUGGGAGCCAAAACCCGGCCGUCCCCGUAUCCCUCACCGAGCAUCAGAAGCCACGGUUACCACCCUCACAUGAACCCAGCCACGGCCAACAUGUACUCUGCAACGAGCGCGCCGACUAAUUACGACUACGCUCCCAGAUAAUGACUCCAUUGGCACUCCAAAUCGGAUUCAGACCGAGAGCCGUACUGAGAAAAUACACACAAACCUUGAGUCCCAGACUCACAAAACAUGUUGAGUUUUGGGUCGGGCACAUCUUUUGCAGUGGCUUCUAACCGCUGGAAAGAGAAGCGGUCAUAUUUAUUGACGGGAGAAAUGUCACAAAUGUCCUUGUGGAGCAUUAGGAUGAGCCCUGUGGACCUAACAUUAGCUCUGGAUGGCAGGGCACCUGGAAACUACAGUAUAACUAGUGUUUGGAGCAAGGAGGAGGACAAAGACUUCUUUAGACAAAUAAUGCAUUAUCACGGACUGGAAUUGAACUUUUGUGUUGGAUGCACUUUUUGUUUUUGCUUUUAAAAAGCCAUAAAUUAUAUAUCACCCUUGAGCCAUUGAGCUUCUAGAUAGAUGGAAUAUUUGCAUGUUGCGCUGUUUUGAAGGUGCUGAAAAGCCCCGAAAUGUUUGUUUUUUUUCCUGGUUGAAAAUGAAUUUUUGCUAGACCACCUUUAGCAGGUCCGUGAAGCUUGUAACGUGGCACUGACGUACAGCAAUUCAAAUAAAUAAAUGAACAGAAUGACUGUGCUGAACUUGUAAAAUAAACAUUAAAUAUUUUACCUUUAAACAUG